AUGGAUUCCAAAGAUAAGCGGAAAUUUGACGAGAGUACAGGUGAUUCCCAGGCCGGAUCGGUUUCGAAACAGCGGAAGGUAAUCGGACCUUCUCUCCCUCCGCCUCAGGUCGACGCGACGAACAGUGGGACAAACAGUGAGAGUGGCAGUGACGACGACGACGAUGACGAUGACGAUGAUUUCGGUCCAAGCCUGCCUCCGUCCGGUCCAGUGAAAGUCCCUGUGAAUGCAGAGCCUACGGUUUCUAAUACAGCCAAAUCGGUGGAACCGGAAAGCCAGCGCGAUCAAUGGAUGCUGCAACCACCUUCUAAUACCGACUGGGCUUCCAAGGUUGACCCCACACAACUACGAAAUCGCAAGUUCAAUACAGGCAAAUCAGCCACGGCACCUAAGAGCAUGGAUUCUUCGUGGGUUGAGACUCCAGAGGAGCGAAUGAGGCGACUACAGGAUGCGGUUAUGGGCGUUUGUGCUUCAACAAAUCAGGCUGCGGACCACAAAGUUGCUCCAAACACAAAGAAGAUAGAGGAACAAAUCAAAAAGUACAAGGACAUGGCUGGGAAGAGUACUCGCCUGGAAAGCCCAGUUCAGGCUAAGAAAGAAGAAGAAGAUGAUCCAAGUGCGCGCGCAUUUGAUCGAGAGAAGGAUAUGGCGGUUGCUUCGAAGAUAUCCAACGCGCAGCGCCGGGAAAUGGUCAAGAAGGCUGCGGAUUAUAACACACGUUUUACGAAGGGCAACUACUUAUAG